AAGAAGCAUCGUUAAAGUCUCUCUUCUCCCUGCGACCAUGUCUAAGUCAGAGCCUCCUAAAGAGCUGGAACAGCUGAGGAAGCUCUUCAUUGGAGAGUUGAGCUUUGAAACAACCAAUGAGAGCCUGAGGAGCCAUUUUGAGCAAUGGGGAAUGCUCACAGACUGUGUGGUAAUGAGAGAUCCAAACACCAAGCGCUCCAGGGGCUUUGGGUUUGUCACGUAUGCAACUGUGGAGGAAGUGGAUGCAGCCAUGAAUGCAAGGCCACACAAAGUGGAUGGAAGAGUUGUGGAACCAAAGAGAGCUGUCUCAAGAGAAGUUUCUCAAAGACCAGGUGCCCACUUAACUGUGAAAAAAAUAUUCGUUGGUGGCAUUAAAGAAGACACUGAAGAACAUCACCUAAGAGAUUAUUUUGAACAGUAUGGAAAAAUUGAAGUGACUGAAAUCAUGACUGACAGAGGCAGUGGCAAGAAAAGGGGCUUUGCCUUUGUAACCUUUGAUGACCAUGACUCCGUGGAUAAGAUUGUCAUUCAGAAAUACCAUACUGUGAAUGGCCACAACCGUGAAGUUAGGAAAGCCCUGUCAAAGCAAGAGAUGGCUAGUGCUUCAUCCAGCCAAAGAGGUCGAAGUGGUUCUGGAAACUUUGGUGGUGGUCGUGGAGGUGGUUUCGGUGGGAAUGACAACUUUGGUCGUGGAGGAAACUUCAGUGGUCGUGGUGGCUUUGGUGGCAGCCGUGGUGGUGGUGGAUAUGGUGGCAGUGGGGAUGGCUAUAAUGUAUUUGGUAAUGAUGGAGGCAAUUUUGGAGGUGGUGGAAGCUACAAUGAUUUUGGCGGUUACAACAAUCAGUCUUCAAAUUUUGGACCCAUGAAGGGAGGAAACUUUGGAGGCAGAGGCUCUGGCCCCUAUGGUGGUGGCGGCCAAUACUUUGCCAAACCACAAUACCAAGGUGGCUAUGGCGGUUCCAGUGGCAGCAGUAGCUAUGGCAGUGGCAGAAGAUUUUAAUGAGGCAACAAAGCUUAGCAGGAGAGGAGAGCCAGAGAAGUGACAGGGAAGCUACAGGUUACAAGAGAUUUGUGAACUCAGCCAAACACAGUGAUGGCAGGGCCUAGCUGCUACAAAG